AUGAAUGUGGACAAGGCCGAGCUAUGCGGGUCUCUGCUUACCUGGUUGCAGACUUUCAACGUCCCGCCCCCCUGUGCCAGCCCACAAGACCUGAGCAGCGGCCUCGCAGUAGCCUAUGUGCUGAACCAGAUAGACCCAUCCUGGUUCAAUGAAACAUGGCUGCAGGGCAUAUCAGACGACUCGGGUCACAACUGGAGACUGAAGGUUAGCAACUUGAAGACAAUUUUGCAGAGCCUGGUGGAAUACUCUCAGGAUGUCCUGGGACACCCCGUGUCCAAGCAGCACCUCCCUGACGUGAGCCUCAUUGGAGAGUUCUCAGACCCCGAAGAGCUUGGCAAGCUGCUUCAGCUUGUGCUGGGCUGUGCCAUCAGUUGUGACAAGAAGCAGGAGCACAUCCAGAGGAUCAUGACACUGGAGGAAUCAGUUCAGCAGGUGGUGAUGGAAGCCAUCCAGGAGCUUAUGACCAAAGACACCCCAGACUCCAUGUCCCUGGAGACAUAUGGAAAUUUUGACAAUCAGUCCCGCAGAUACUACUUUCUGAGCGAGGAUGCUGAGGAAGGGGACGAGCUUCGGCAGCGCUGUCUGGAUCUGGAGCGGCAGCUGAUGCUCCUGUCGGAGGAGAAACAGAGCCUGGCGCAGGAGAACGCAGCAUUACGGGAUCGAGUCGGCCGACCCGAGACCGAGGGGGCCGUGGGUCUCACUGCCAAGAAGCUGCUGCUUCUGCAGUCCCAGCUGGAGCAGCUGCAGGAGGAGAACUUCAGGCUGGAGAGCAGCAGAGAGGAUGACCGCCUGCGCUGCACGGAGCUGGAGCGUGAGGUCACGGAGCUGCAGCAGCGCAACCAGGCGCUGACCAGCCUGGCCCAGGAGGCGCAGGCCCUGAAGGAUGAGAUGGAUGAGCUGCGGCAGUCCUCGGAGCGGGCCGGGCAGCUAGAAGCCACGCUGAGCAGCUGCCGGCGCCGCCUGGGCGAACUGCGGGAGCUGCGGCGGCAGGUGCGGCAGCUGGAGGAGCGCAAUGCGGGCCACGCGGAGCGCACGCGGCAGCUGGAGGAUGAGCUGCGCCGGGCGGGCUCGCUGCGCGCCCAGCUCGAGGCGCAGAGGCGGCAGGUUCAGGAACUGCAGGUGCAGCGGCAGGAGGAGGCCAUGAAGGCCGAGAAAUGGCUCUUUGAGUGCCGUAACCUGGAGGAAAAAUAUGAGUCCGUGGCCAAGGAGAAGGAGCGGUUGUUGGCUGAACGCGAUUCACUGCGGGAGGCCAAUGAGGAACUGCGCUGUGUCCAGCUGCAGCCCCGGGGGCUGACCCAGGCUGACCCUUCACUAGAUCCCAGGGCACCGUCUGUGGAAAAUUUAGCAGCAGAAAUCCUGCCAACCGAGCUCAGGGAGACGCUCCUGCGCCUUCAGCUGGAGAACAAGCGGCUGUGCCAGCAGGAGGCUGCGGACCGUGAGCGGCAGGAGGACCUGCAGCGCCACCUGGAGGAGGCCAACCGUGCGCGCCACGUGCUGGAGACGCAGCACAGGCUGAACCAACAGCAGCUGUCAGAGCUGCGGGCCCAGGUGGAAGACCUGCAGAAGAGCCUGCAGGAACAGGGGAGCAAGACUGAGGACGUGAGUCCCGCCCUGCUGAAGAGGAAGCUGGAGGAGCAUCUGCAGAAGUUGCAUGAAGCGGAUUUGGAGCUGCAGAGGAAGCGGGAGUACAUCGAGGAGCUGGAGCCACCUGCCGACAGCAGCACAGCGCAGCGCAUCGAGGAGCUGCAGCACAGCCUGGAAAAGAAGGACGCGGACUUGCGUGCCAUGGAGGAGCGGUACCGCCGCUAUGUGGACAAGGCGCGCACGGUCAUGCAGACUAUGGAACCCAAGCAGCGGCCCACCGCGGGUGCACCCCCAGGACUCCACGCUUUGAGGACACAGCUCCACGAGCGGGAAGUCCGCAUCCGGCACUUGGAGAUGGACUUUGAGAAGAGUCGAAGCCAACGGGAGCAGGAAGAAAAGCUGCUCAUCAGUGCCUGGUAUAAUAUGGGCAUGGCCCUGCAGCAGCGAGCUGGGGAAGAGCGCGCACCUGCCCAUGCCCAGUCCUUCCUGGCACAGCAGCGACUGGCCACCAACACUCGCCGUGGACCUUUGGGACGUCUGACAGCCUUGACCUUUCGCCCCAGCGACAAGCAUUAA